CCCGCGGACAGGAGGGGGUCCGGCCGCGGCGCUCCCGGGCGGGGAGGCGGGGUCGCAAACCGGGAUCCCGCUCUGCCCGAUUCCUCUCGUUUUUUCCAGGUUACGCGACGUCCCCGCAGGCUGUAACGCGCCGAUUCCUGCGUUUCCCGCCGCCGGGCAAGGAGCUGGGAGCAUCCUAUCGGGAUGGGGGGCCGGCGGUCUCCGUUAGAACCGGGCGUACCGUGCCAGGCAGAGUUAUGGGGUGACCUCGGGGUGUUCGAAGAAGAUGAGGAGCUGGAGGGUUUCAGGAGGGAGGCGGAAGUUCUGCGUGAGAAGCUGAGGGAGGCUCUCAGUCACACAUCUGGUAACAUAAGGCAGUCCAGUUCUUUGACCGACCUCACCUCAGACAGUUCCUGGGAUCAGCAAAAGCCUCACUUGUUUCCUAAGUCCCGCUUGAGGCCAAAAAGCGCUUCAUCUCCCUGGAUUCCUUCCAUCACCAUCCCUCAGCCUUUCAAAAUGACCCUGCGGGAAGCUCGCAAAAAGUCCGAGUUGCUGAAGUCAUACAUGUUCCUUGAACUAGACACACACAGAGACAAAAGGCAAAGCCAGGAUGAAGCUGAAUGCCAGAAACAAUUCCGGGCACAGCCUGUACCUGCCCAUGUGUUUCUGCCCCUUUAUCAGGAAAUAAUGGAGCAGAAUGAGAUUCGCAGGCAAGCAGCAACACAGAAAAGAAAGGAGCUGCUACUUUCAACGCAGCGGCCCUUCAGUUUUGUGGAGAAGGAAGAGAAAAAGAAAGAAGCUAUCAGACAAAAAUUCCUGGCAGCAGCAACCCCAAAUGAGAGCUCCAAACAGAAGCAAGCCAGUAAAAAAGUUCCUAAAUCUACUUAUGACUCACUUCUUGGAGAUAAACUGAAAGAAGCUGAACUCUGCAGGGAAAUCCGCAUUCAAAUGAGAGCAAAGGAUUUGCUGGAGAGCUCCGUGGCUCCUAUAGACACCAGCAACUGUCGGAGGGAGCCUCAGUCCCGAACUGCCACCAGAACUAAGCAGGAAAAACUUGGCUUCUUACAGGACACAAGCUUCAGCUUCAAACCACAGAUUAAUCCAGCAAUACCAGACUUUGAAGAACUUUACUGGGCGUUUCAGAGGAAAACAAUGAGGAGACAAGAAAUCAAAGAGCCAACUCGUAAUAAGCCAUUCAAGCUGAGAACCUCCAAUCUCCAUGCCAGGCAGAGGCAGGCUAAUGAAAAGAUAAAGGAUUCUCAGAGGCUUUCCAAGGUUUCAGUGCAAAAAAGUCACUCUCUGCCUGGACUUUCCUCUCUCUCUUCCAACACCCUUCCUGUGCAUAUUACAGAUGCAACUAGAAAGAGGGAAUCAGCUAUUAGAUAUGCCCAAGAUAACAAAAAGGAAGGGGACAAAGAAGGAAUUUAUUGGCUGGAGAAACAGAAAAUGAAAUGUCAAGCUAUGCAAAAGUCUGUGAACAGCCGAGCAAAAGCACUGGAUCCUCAUAAAAGUCUGGAGGAAACACAAAAGGAGAAGUUAAAACAGAACAGGCAAAAUAUGCGAGACAGAACAAAAGAAUACAGAAAGGAGCUGGAAGAAAUGAAGCUGCGAGUCAAGAACAGACCAUUCCUUUUUGAACAGGUCACCAAGCAUGAUGCUCAUCAAGGAGCAGAGCGUCGCUACAGACGCACCCUGCAGCAGGUCGGCCUAAGCGAAGAAUUUGUAAGGAAAAAAGGGAAAGAUGCCACUGACUUGCUGGAAGAAGAAUCUGAUGUUCACAGGCUGCCCGAGCCCCGGGGUGAAAAGGAUGCCUGUACCAAACAGGAAGGAGUACCUCAGGAGGAACUGAGCACAAAGGAAGUGGCAGCAUAAAAGCUUGCAGAAGAAUCCAUCAAUCAGUUCUUGACUUCUUUCACUCAAGAUUCUCCAGGUUAAUCCUCAGGAACUUAAUAGUUUAAGCUGACACCUAAGAGUUACUGUGGGAUGAGAUGGGAGAAUUUAGUAAAGGGAAAAAAGCAACUGCUGUUUAGAGCAUGUCUUUUUCAGCCCAGCAAACCCUGCAGCCUCCCUUAGUCUUCAAAAGUGUCCCUUGUGUGAGCUCUUUCCUUUAAUGAGCAACAAAACAAGUUAGAGAGGUUGAAGCACUAUCUUUGGAUAAAAGUAGAUAUGAAAGAUUGAAGAGGUGCAUCCUCUACUGUCAGCUCAUUGCAUUCAUGCCACAGAAGCACACAGGAAAGGGAGAAUGCCUUCUACUGUGCUAAAGCUUUUUUUAGACACGUGUGGUAGAAUGCUUUCAAACAAGGUACUUCUACAAAAACAAAUAUCAGGAUUUGACCCAUCUUGGGAGAAGACUCAAAGGGAAGUCUUUCUCUGGUGUUAAUUCUCCAUUCACCCACUACCAGCUCAGCUUCUUCCCCCUAUUAGUAAGAAGCAAUAGUCUUCCUAUAUUAAAACAUGUCCCGUGUUUCAUGAUUUGAAAGUGUUUCAACACCUUACCAAUUUAGGUCAUUAAUUUGGCCCAAAAAAACAACCAAAGUUAUGAAGAAGGUUGUAAUUAAACACUUUGAAUGCAUCACUUUGAAUCAUUGUUGUCCUAAUUGUAUGAUUACUGUGAUAUCAAAGAUAGAUUUUGGAGGAAAAAAGGUUAGGUGUUGCCUGCCAGGACUUUGCACUCAGAUGCCUAGUGCACCUUGAAAGGGGUAUUUCACACUUUAGUGAUCUCCUUUUGCCUGACACUAAUAAUCAUUUCAAAAAUAACAAUCCUUACCACCUGGAAUGUUUUCUGAGAAAUUUGCACUUUGACAUUAAAGUAUU